AUAAUAAACCCUAGCCUCUCUAAAGUUGAAAAAUAGUUGCUCACUGCCGAAAACUCAACCCAAAAACCUCAACUGUUGAAAGAACAAAAAAAAAAUGGCGAAAUCACUGAGGUCGAAGAAAGAGAAAAGGCUUCGAGCAAUUCGAAGAGAGAUUGUUGAACCCUUUUACGAGAAGAAAGAUGUUGCCAAACAAGCUGCUCAAGAAGCCGCUUUUUCUGCCCCUAAACUUGCCGUUCGCAACACCAAUAACACCUCCUCUAAUCUAACCAUGGAUAUUGAUAUGACUAGUCAAGGAACGGGGAACCUAAAGCCUGUUGGUAAGAAGAUGAAGAAGAAAUUGAAGAUUGGUAAAGGAAAGAAACGUGGCAAGGGGAAGAUCAGAAAGACACACAUUUAAGAAGUAUGUCAAUUUUAAUGGUUUAAUUUUGUAAUCAAAACCUAUAGUCGCUGACCCUAUUCAAAUUACAGUAUUGCUUGAUGGAAAUCAAAGCCAUGUUCUUAUUUUGUUUUGUAGCUAGUUUCAUUGGUUUUGUUCUUAGUGAUUUCCUCUAUCUGUUAUGGGACUUCAGAACAAUUAGGUAUAGCUAGUAAGAAUGAUAUUGUAGUUUGAUGCUAUGUGAGUUUUGUUUCAAGCGGUCUUGUGAUUGGAAAUUUCAAGGCUUUAGUAUCGGAUAGCUAUGUUAAAGUUGAUUUAAUGACCAAUGUAAUUUAUUUAUUUUAUUUUAACCUUUUUAAGAAAAGGAAUAGUUAGGCUUAAGCAUGGAGAAGACGCGGAUAAGCUCAACCCAUUUCAUUUUCGAAGAUGAAUGAAGAGAGCUGAAGAUCAAUGGCUUUUACAAGUGUGUACUCUUGUAGCUUGUGUGAAAUAAUAUUGGUCGUUUAUAACUUAGUUAAAAAUAGAACAUCAUAUUUCUGUUACAUGUGAAAUGAGAGUUAUCUGCUGCCUUAAAUUA